AUGUCAGAUUCCGAGACAGAAAUCAGCGAAGAAGUACUUCAAAAAGAAAUUACAGAAAUUUUAAAACAUGCAAGCCUUGAAAAUACGUCGACCAAGAAGGUUAUACAAAAACUGGAAAAGAAGUUGGGAGUGGAUCUGUCAAGUAAAAAGAAAAUGAUUGACCAAAUAGUUAUGGAUAUUGUUAAUAAUAUGGAAUCGGAAGAUGAAGAUAUGGAUGAAUCUAGCGAUGAAGAACCAAAGAAGAAAGCACCUCCGAAGAAGGUCAAGAAAGAAGACGACGAUGAGGAUGAUGAGGAACGGGAUGACAGCAAUGACAGUGAUUGGGGGAGUGACGUCAGGCGAAUAUUUAUGAACAGUGAGUGUUCAGACGAGUGCUCUUGCACGCCACAAGACCCACACAUCCCGAUUAAUAUCAAAAGACGUAUUAUAAGGAAGCACUUCACUGACCAACCGAGGAAGGGGUUGAUACUCAAGAGAGUUGGACCAAACUAUUCCGAUGAUGAAACUGACCUCUUUGGUAAACUUACAGCUAAGAAAUUGCGCAGACUGCCAGAACAUGACCGCGAUUUAAUGAUGUUACAGAUUAAUCAAAUGCUUCAUAAUAAAAUUUAUUCACUUAAUGUACCAAAGGAGAGUAAAACUACACAAACUUCUCCAUUAACCUCUCAGUUUCAAACGAAGAAAUUGUACCGUGUGAAUGCUAUCCCAAACUUAAAUGUAUCUCCAAGUAAAACUGACAGUGUUCCAACACCACCAGCUUCUGAACCAGUACCUGAAUCUGGCGGCAAAAAGAAGAAGGGAGAAGAAAAGAAAAAGAAGUCUGCUCCCAAAUCGAAGAAGGGAGUUGAUAAGUCAAAGAAGGGCGGCAGUGUCAAAAAAGGUCGCAAGGGCAGUGGUUACACGAAGGCUUGCAAGCUAUCUCCGGCUUUAGCAGAACUAAUGGGGGAGAGUGAGCUGCCACGCCACGAGGUCGUGAAGCGAGUAUGGGCCAUAAUAAAGGAAAAACAGCUCUUUGACCCCAAGAACAGACAAUACGCUAUCUGCGAUAAAGCCCUGUUCAAAGUCAUAGGAGAAGAAACGUUCCACACGUUCAGCAUGAUGAAGUACUUGAAGAAUCAUUUCCUCGACUAA